AGCUGCAACCCUUCUUUUCAUACCUUACUGCGUUCACUUUCCGAGUAGGUUCUGGGUCUUUUACUCAUCGCCCUUUGCCAUGCAACUGAAGUUCAGCCUUGUGGGCGGCAUGCUCUUCGCAGCCUCUGCCGUAGGAGCAGAUCCGACAUGGCCAUCAACGAUUGAUGAGAUCGAGGAGAUCAUGUACCAGGUAAAGGGUUUCCAAGCCCGUGGCUUUGGUGGUACUGUCGUCCCCUGUUCAAGUGAAGCAUCAGGGCCUGGCCGACAGAACGCAGCAGAGUGGUUGAGAACAGGGUUUCAUGAUAUGUCUACGCGGAACGUCUACACUGGCAGAGGAGGGCUCGAUGGAUCUCUUCAGUUCGAGGUUGGUAGGGGUGAAAAUACAGGACCUGGGUUUACAACAACGUUGAAGUUUAUGUCAAACUAUUACACAACCCGUUCAAGUGUGGCGGAUCUAAUCGCCCUUGGUGUAUAUUACUCUGUCAGGUCUUGUGGUGGACCGGCCAUCCCAAUUCGGGGUGGAAGAGUUGACGCAACAGCUGGUGGAGAUAUUGGCGUGCCGCAGCCUGAAAACAGUCUCUAUAGUUUUCAACAAAGGUUCUUGGGGAUGGGGUUUGAUAACACCGAGAUGGUGCAGAUGGUCGCAUGUGGACAUACGCUUGGAGGAGUUCAUGUGACACAGUUUCCAAACAUUGCGCCGGCCAACUCACCGAAUGGCGAAGCUGGUUUGGACUCCACAGUAGCUACUUUCGACAGUAAGGUUGUCUCAGAGUAUCUCGAUAAUACAACGACAAACCCGUUGGUAGUUGGUCAGUCGACUACGAACGGGAGGGCUUCAGAUGCAAGGGUGUUUGCUUCUGAUGGAAACGCGACCGUCAAUGCCAUGGCUGAUCCACAAGUAUUCCAAACUGUGUGCAAGACCAUCCUGCAGAAGAUGAUCGACGCUGUGCCUCCUCAAGUGACGCUUACAGAUCCCAUUGCGCCGUACACUGUUAAGCCAGUCGGUCUCCAAUUGACACUGGAGCCAGGUGCGACUACAAUGACUCUUGGUGGGAUGUUUCGUGUACGGACUACUGGUCUGUCGGCUGCGCCGUCGAGUAUGACCAUUGUCUAUAAAGAUCGCAGUGGAGGAAGCAACUGCAGAUUGGCGGGUUGCUCCUACACCGUCAAUCAACAAGGCAUCGGAUCUGGAUUUGAUGAUACGUUUGCCUGGUACCAACUUGGAAGCGACCUCAGGAUCUCGACUUCGGCCGGUAUCUCUUCAUUCAUUCUCGCUUUGAAUUUUGCCGACGGCACGAAGCAAAUGUUUGAUAACAACGGUGCUUCCUAUCCGGUUCAAGACGGCAUUUUGCUUCAGAAGCCUCAGAGUUGUCUUUUACAAACAACUGGCGCACUCACGGUCACUGCAGCUGUGAGAAACGAUCGUAAUUCAUUGCCUGUUAACUUGAUCGUUUCAGAGAAGGCCGGCAGCAGUAGUAAUCCAGUUGCUACUUUAAGUACCACCACAACAACUAUGACUAAAGGCACAUGCGUAGGGUCAUAUACAAUUUACACAGCGACCUAUCAGAUAACGGAUACCAGCCUUUCUUAUUCAGCUAAGAUUGACGUUGUUAGCGGAAGCGGAUCUGACGCUCUGAAAGACGAUUUCAAUACUGGGACAGAUUUAGGCGGUUCUUGCGAUUCGUUUUCGGCACCGCCGGCUUCAAUGUGUACCACCGGAUCAACUGGACCGACGUCGGAUGUCAGCUCUUCGACGAUUCCCUCAGUGACCCUUACUUCUUCAACUUCCUCAGCAAGUCUAACCUCCUCGACUACCCCAACUACGUCAUCGACAACCAGCUCUAUCGCAGAGCCUGCUGCAACACUUGGCCAUAAACAAAGCGUCGGCGGAUACAUAUUAGCUGGAUGUAAGAAAGAACCAGCUGGGUCUCGUGCAUUGAGUGCAGUAGGCUAUGCUUACAAUGAUAUGACACUCGAGUCCUGUGCCAAAAAUUGUACUGGCUAUGCCUAUUGGGGCACAGAGUACGGUCGCGAGUGCUACUGUGGUGAUUACCUCGCAUCCGGAAGCGAAGACGUAACUCUCUCGGAAUGCAAUAUGGUCUGUUCUGGGGACUCUACGGAAUAUUGCGGCGCAGGUAACAGAAUCGAACUCUACGUGACGACAGUAACCCCAACGGCCACACUGGCUCCUAAGCCGACAGUGUCGCCCUAUACUCGCUUGGGAUGCUACACCGAGGUUGACGGACGCGCUCUUACUGAGGCGGCUUACAGCGAUGAUUCAAUGACUUUGGAGCUGUGCCUAUCGAGGUGUGCUGGUUCUACGUACUUUGGCGCGGAGUACGGUCGUGAAUGCUAUUGCGGCAACGCUCUCAGCCCAAAGAGCAUCAAAGCCACCGAUGGGGACUGCAACAUGGCGUGUGCCGGAAGUAAGCUCGAAUAUUGUGGUGGAAGCAAUAGACUCGAACUCUACUCCAUUGCCCGGAACUCUUCGUCUUCCACGGUGUCAUCAAUAGUCUCAAGCUCCACGCCUUCAAGCACCGUUCUGCUUUCGAGCAGUAGUAUUUUGUCAUCAAAAUCUCAGCUAACAACGACGUAUUCAUCAGACAGUCUCAUAUUCAGCUCUGUUGUUAGUUCGCAGGCCUCCAGCGGCACUCCGGCUAGCACCUCGCCAACUGCGACUUUGACGGUCAUCACGAGCAGUACCACCCUCAGCUCUUCGGCCAGCUCUUCUGCCUCGUCUUCUCUCCAGCACCUUCCCACGGUAGGCUCCUAUGCGCUCGUCGGCUGUUGGAUGGAGGGCACUGGCACGCGUGCGCUAUCCGCCAAAUCCACCUCAUCUCCAGACUCCAUGACCCUCGAGUCUUGCGCCGCGUUCUGUUCGGCAUACCAUUAUUUCGGCACCGAGUAUGGCGGCGAGUGCUACUGCGGUAACAGCCUUGCCUCGUCCUCGACUAACGCUUCGCUGUCUGACUGCUCCAUGUCAUGUACUGGUAACCAAUACCAAUACUGCGGCGCCGGGAGCCGAUUGGAGCUGUAUUUUAGCAACUCUACAAAUGGACCAUCUCAACCGGCUACGGUGGGAAUCGAUGAGAAAUGGAUGUGGGAUGGCUGCCGCACAGAAGCCAACAGCUCGAGAGCUCUGGUGAGUAAGACAACGAGCAGCGAUGACUUGACCCUCGAGACAUGCGCGGAGUCAUGCACUGGUUUUAAAUAUUUCGGUACAGAGUAUGGACGAGAGUGUUAUUGUGGGAACAGUUUCAGCGGCGGCAGCACGGAGACAGUUGCGGAAGAAUGCAGCAUGACGUGUAGUGGAAACCCGAAAGAGUUUUGUGGUGCUGGAGAUCGUCUAAGCGUCUACUCUUCAACAAGCUGAUAAGAAGAGAUUCGUCACAGUGUAUAGGACGACAUAGUCUGACUUCAGUCUAGCUUAAUGUUAAUAUUAGGUGGAG